AUGAGCUUAAAACCCUUCACCUACCCAUUCCCAGAGACAAGAUUUUUUCAUACAGGAUGCAGUGUGUAUAAAUUCAAAAUCAGAUAUGGCAACAGCAUCAGAGGGGAAGAGAUAGAAAAUAAGGACGUUAUCAUCCGAGAACUGGAGGAUUCUGUUCGUGUAGUCUUGGGGAACUUGGACAAUCUGCAGCCAUUUGCCACAGAACAUUUCAUUAUAUUUCCAUAUAAAAGCAAAUGGGAGAGAGUCUCCCACCUGAAGUUCAAGCAUGGGAACAUCCCUUUGGUCCCCUACCCUUUUGUUUUCACUCUGUACGUGGAGAUGAAAUGCUUUCAUGAACACCUGUCAUCUGGUAAGCAGACAGAAGGAGAGGAGGCAGAGGAAUCUGGUUUCUCUCUGAAGGUACCAGAUGAGAAGAAAACUGCAGGAGCCAUGAAGAGGAAACGAAGAUUCACAGACAUGCCCAGCACCCCCAGGAAGUCAGAGCUGGACAGGGACAAUGUGGGAACAUUCAGCCAAGACCCUACUGAAAAGCAGCCCCCUGUAAAAGCCAAGAAGAGGGAAAGAAGAACUCAGCAGGAGUGGCAGGAGGCCCCAGCAUUCGCCAUCCCUGAUGUCCAAGAGCAGGACCCGGGUUCUAAGUUGGAGGACAGCUUGGGCGGGCAGAUGGCGUCAUCACGGCCACAGAGCACUCCAGCUGCACCUCAGGAGCCUGUGGAGCUGGGGACCACGAUGGGCUUCUUUGGGUUCCUAAGUUCCCUGUUCCCGUUCCGCUAUCUCUUCCGAAAGAACCAGAACCGCAGGUGA